UACUGCAUAUAUGAGCAUUUAAUAAAAGAGACUUGCCUAGCGAGGAACUAUCACUGUAAUUACUAUAAUUUAAUAAAUUCUAUUCAUUUUAACAGAAUUUCGGUUGCAGAUCAUGAAUUAUUGCAUCCACUGGCAUCUGCUUAUUGUCUUGAUGAAAAUGUCGCAUCAGAUAUUACUUCAUUAAACGAACAAUGCUCAGUGGUUAGUGAUGAACAAGACGAUCAGAAUGCUGUUGUAUGUGGUCAUGCAUUUGCUGCCGGUGAAAUUGCCUACUCAUGCACAGAAUGUGCUAGUGAUCCAACUUGUGUAUUCUGUCAAGAUUGCUUUCAAAAUUCAGAACAUAAGUACCACAAAUAUAGAAUGUCUGCAUCAUCUGGAAAUGGUUAUUGCGAUUGUGGCGAUGAAGAAGCUUGGCAUAGAAACCCGUUGUGUAAUUUGCAUGUUGUUCAACAAAGCAAAGAAACACUUGGUCAAUGUCCAGAGUCAUUUAAUGCAAUUUUGUUUAAUGAUGAGACACACACUUAUGAUUCGGUAAUCCGUGCUCUUAAUCUUUCAAUUCACUGUGAUGACUCCCAAGCAAUGAGAUUGGCAACGAUAGUUGAUCGUGAAGGAAGAGCCGUAGUUUGUUCAGACUCUCAUGAGCAAUGUCAACGUGUAAAAGAAGAGAUACAGGCAUCAUUUCAAAAUUUUUAUUGA